CACACAACAAACAAGAGAAAAAAGAGAAUGCUUUCCUAACUUUGUCAACUUAGUAACAAAAUUUUCCGAAGAUAAAAGGACAAAGUGCUUACAAAGAGUGCAAAAAUUGAGGGGGAUAAAGAAAAUGGUCAAAAGAGAGCAGAGGGAGGAAACUCUGCACUCUCACCAAAAAAGAAGUUUGUGACCUUGGAAAUGGAGACACCUGGCGAAGCAGGCGGGGAGACGCCAAUGUAUGGCGGCUCCUCCAUGGAGCCGACUGAGCUACACUCGGCUCCAUCAGCCAUGCUGGCGGAUUAUCCGCCAAUACAAGGCUUUCAAGAUUUGAAAAACUUGGUUGGCUUGGAAUCUAGCAAGUUAUGGACAAUUGCAGGUCCCAUAGCAUUUAAUAUUCUGUGUAAUUAUGGGAUUAAUUCUUUCACAAGUAUAUUUGUUGGACAUAUUGGAGAUGUAGAGCUCUCUGCCGUUGCUAUUUCUUUAUCGGUGAUAGCAAAUUUCUCAUUCGGCUUCUUGUUAGGCAUGGGUAGUGCACUGGAGACACUAUGUGGACAAGCAUUUGGUGCAGGCCAAGUAGAAAUGCUAGGAGUUUACUUGCAAAGGUCAUGGAUAAUCCUUACUGCUUCUUGCUUCUGCAUAAUGCCACUCUACAUAUUCUCCACACCAAUACUAAAGCUACUAGGCCAAAGAGAUGACAUAGCAGAGUUGGCUGGAAAAUUUUCUAUACAAAUCAUACCUCAAAUGUUCUCCCUCGCAAUCAACUUCCCGACCCAAAAAUUCUUGCAAGCACAAAGCAAUGUUGCGAUCCUAGCAUGGGUCGGUUUCAUGGCUUUGGUCAUGCAUAUCGGGGUGCUCUUUCUUUUUAUCAGAGUUUUCCGAUGGGGCGUUACUGGUGCUGCUGCAGCCUAUGAUGUUUCUGCAUGGGUUAUUUCUCUGGCCCAAGUAGUUUAUAUUGUUGGCUGGUGUAAAGAUAGUUGGAAGGGGUUGUCUUGGUUGGCCUUAAAGGAACUUUGGCCAUUUGUGAAGCUUUCUGUUGCAUCAGCAGUUAUGAUUUGCUUGGAGAUUUGGUAUUUUAUGACCAUCAUUGUUCUAACUGGUCAUCUCGAGAAUCCUGUCAUUGCUGUUGGAUCUCUUUCUAUUUGUAUGAACCUUAAUGGAUGGGAAGGCAUGUUGUUCAUUGGAAUUAAUGCAGCAAUUAGUGUUCGCGUUUCCAACGAGCUUGGAUCGGGCCACCCUAGGGCUGCAAAGUAUUCAGUAUUUAUCACAGUGGCUGAAUCUCUGAUAAUUGGGAUAUUUUGCAUGGUACUAAUCAUAUUAACAAAGGACCAUUUUGCAUUGCUUUUCACAAGCAGUGAAAAAAUGCAAAAAGCUGUUUCUAAGUUGGCAUAUCUUCUUGCUGUGACCAUGCUGCUAAAUAGUGUCCAGCCAGUUAUAUCAGGUGUUGCUGUUGGAGGAGGAUGGCAAGCACUAGUGGCAUACAUUAAUCUGGCUUGCUACUACGUCAUUGGCCUCCCACUUGGAUUCUUCCUAGGCUAUAAAACAAGGUUGGGGGUUCAGGGAAUAUGGAUGGGCAUGAUUUUUGGAACUUUUCUGCAAACUAUAAUUCUUUGUAUUAUCGUAUACAAAACCAAUUGGAACGACGAGGUGGCACAAGCAUCAGAGAGAAUGAGAAAAUGGAGUGGGAUAUCUGAUGAAUCAGACGCUAAAUAAAAUUCAUAUCAAAUUUUGGACGAUGAUAUAGAUUGACAUGAGAAGUCAUCCUUUUCUCUACAGAAGUCUAUACAAUUUUUUUUAAAAAUUAUUCGUGUUAGAUAUCAGUGUCAAUUUUAACUUUCUUUUUCUCGCUAGGUCUGUACAUGAAAAAGUUAAUGUAAAGCUAGAUCUAUUUUCACUUA